AGCUGCGUGUCUUAAUAAUCCACCUCAACAAAAUCAAAAGUGAUAUGUUUCAGAGAAGACAGCAGCAGAAAGAAGCUGAUAUGCUCAGUGACAUGGCCAAUUUGUCACAAGCAUUCGGUGGCGGUGCCGGUGCUCCACCACCGCCACCUCCUCCUCCUCACGGUGGUCCCUCCUCAUCCAACAAGAUGGCCGGUGCGGAGCAGCUUGUCCUUGAACUCAGCAACCCUGAUCUCCGUGAAAAUGCUCUUCUCGAACUCUCCAAGAAAAGGGAGCUGUUUCAAGAUCUUGCUCCAUUGUUAUGGAAUUCUUUUGGGACUAUUGCUGCACUUUUGCAGGAAAUAGUUUCUAUAUACCCUGUCCUUUCACCACCCACUCUUACUCCAGCGCAAUCAAAUCGGGUGUGCAAUGCUCUUGCUCUUCUUCAGUGUGUGGCGUCUCACCCUGAUACAAGGAUGCAAUUCCUCAAUGCUCAUAUCCCUCUGUAUCUGUAUCCUUUCCUUAAUACAACAAGCAAGUCAAGACCAUUUGAGUACCUGAGGCUCACCAGUCUUGGUGUCAUUGGUGCAUUGGUGAAGGUUGAUGAUACGGAGGUCAUAAGUUUUCUUCUUUCAACUGAGAUAAUUCCUCUUUGCCUGCGCACCAUGGAAAUGGGCAGUGAACUGUCAAAAACAGUUGCAACAUUUAUUGUUCAAAAGAUUCUGUUGGAUGAUGUGGGCUUGGAUUAUAUUUGCACUACAGCAGAGCGUUUUUUCGCAGUAGGUCGAGUUUUAGGGAACAUGGUGGGAGCUCUUGCUGAGCAGCAAUCAACUCGUCUGCUGAAACAUAUCAUUCGAUGCUAUCUUCGCCUUUCUGAUAAUCCAAGGGCUUGUGAUGCAUUAAGAAGCUGUCUUCCAGACAUGUUAAGGGAUGCUACUUUCAGCAGUUGCCUUCGUGAGGACACCACAACUAGGAGGUGGCUACAGCAACUGCUUCACAAUGUUGGAUCAGGUCGGGUCCCUGCAAUGCAAGCUGGAGGUUUCGAUCAUAUAAUGGUAAACUGAGUAUAAACUACAGAUCUUGCUUCAUUGCUGGAUCUAGACUUGUUGUACUUUGUGCUGCAUGGAAACUUAGUUUAGACAUUUUUAGCUCAUAGCUAGAUAUUAUGACAUCAUGUGGCUCAUGUAACCAAGCCCAUACUGGGAAAAGAAUUUGGUUUGUUGUUGUUUGUUAUAUAUUAAGAGGCUUAAUCCA